UUUGAUAUCAGUGUUUGUCUGUUUUAGCUGCUCCAGCACCCAGAGCGACAUCAGUUAGCCUCCUAGCUAUCGGAGAAGCUAACGCUCAUGACAAGAAGCAGCUAGUUUCGUGCUGGAGAAACGAACAAAAAGUUUUCACAAAGGAGAUUAUUGGACAUUUGUUGGACGCUGUGUGGCUAUUGGCUCUUCUUCUACAGAAUAAAACAGGUCUCAAACAUGUCCGUUAAUAUUUGGGUGGUUGCUGGUGGUCAGUUCCUCAUUCAACAAGAAAGCAACUCCAUUCAUAACCACAGCUUACCAAAUAAUGUAGAGAUGAAAGAGGAACCAGAACGCCAACCCAUCAAAGAAGAACAAGUUGAGCUCAGCAUCUCUCAUGAAGAGAAAUCUGUAGUGAAGCAGGAAGCUGACGCCUUCAUGGUGGCUGCUUGUUGGGAUGAAAUAUUCCAAAAUACAAAUGAACAGAUGAUGGAGACAAAGGAGGAACCAGAAGCUCCACAGAUUAAAGAGGAACAAGAACCUGUUCAGAUUAAACAAGAGGAGGAGGAGGAGGAACUCUGCAGCCAUCAGAAUGAAGGUCAGCUUUUAGUGAAGCAGGAUUCCAACAGAGAAACUCCUCUCUAUGAGGAAAAAUACUGCAGUGAAUCAGACCCAAACCAAGACCAGAUCCAGUCUUUAAACUCCUGUAAAGCUGAAAACCAAGACCGGCACAGAUGCAAAGAUGGAGAUGAAAAGCUGACAAUCAAUCAGAGCCACAUUGUUAACCGUUCAAAACUGAAAAAGCUCCAGAAAGACAUGUGUUCUUGUAAAAUAUGUGGAAAAAGUUUCAUCAGGAAAACUGCCUAUAAAAUUCACAUGAGAAACCACACUGAGAAUCCGCAUACCUGUAAAGUGUGCGGUAAGCCGUUCAGCUACAGCAGUGGUUUGGUUCGGCACAUGAGAACCCAUACAGGUGAGAGACCGUUCUCAUGCAAGACCUGUGGAAAAAGUUACAUAAACAGAUGUAGCUUAAGCGCACACAUGAAAACUCAUCUUGGAGUGAAGCCAUUCCCAUGUGGAUUGUGUGAUAAAUCUUUUACCAAGAGGCAAAAUUUGGUUUAUCACACCAGACUCCACACAGGGGAGGCACCAUUCCCGUGUUACACCUGCGGAAAAAGCUACGUAAGCAGAAAAAGCUUAAAAAAACACAGUGAAACACACGUCAUAGUCCAUACAGAUGAGAAGCUGUUCCCUUGCGGGUCGUGUAAUAAGGCCUUCAAAAACAAACGAGGUCUGGAUCGUCACAGCAAACUCCACACAGGCAAGAGGCCGUUUUCAUGUUCCACCUGUGGAAAAAGCUACGCCACUAGAGAUGGCUUAAGAGCGCACUUCAAGGUUCACCUGCCUGAAAAGCCAUAUCCGUGUGACCUGUGUGAUAAAGCUUUCACGGUCAAGAUCAACUUCGACCGCCACCGGAGGACUCACACAGGCGAGAAGCCGUUUUCGUGUGAAGUUUGUGGGGAUUUUUUUAUUGACAAGCUGGCUGUGGUUAAACACAUGAGAAGUCACACGGGAGAGAAGCCGUUUCGGUGUGAUCUGUGUCCUAGAUCUUUUCAUACCAAAUUUCAUUUAGGCUGCCAUAGAAGGACCCACACCAACGAGAAACCCUAUGCAUGUGACCUGUGUGGUAAAUUAUUCAUAAGCAGAGCUAACGUUGCCCAACACAUGAAGACCCACAAAGGCAACAAGCAGUUUACGUGCAAAAAGUGUGGUGAAUCUUUUAGUGACAGGAGCAGUAUGGCCAAACACCUGAGGAGUCACUUAGACAAGAAGAUGUUUGCCUGCAAUGUUUGUGAUGCAUCUUUUUCCGAAAGCAUUCAGCUGGACGAUCACCUGAGGAGCCACACAGGUGAGCAGAGCUUCUCAUGCGUCACCUGUGGAGAGAAGUUCUCCAAACCCUACAGUCUGACGAAGCACAUCUGGACUCAUACAGGAGAAAAGUCGUAUUCCUGUGAACUGUGUGGUAAAUUAUUCACUGCCAGAUAUAAACUGACUGCACAUGUUUGUGAAGAUAAACCGUAGAGAAGAUUGUAAAGCAUCAUUUAUUUGAUAUGUAGAAGGAAUGAGGCCCAUAGCUACUGACCUACUUUUUUGUUGUCGUUUUACCUUUUUUUUACCAAAGUAAUCAGGAAAAUUCAGUUUUUAGUUUUACUUCUAGAUUUUCAUGGUAUUAAAAUAUCCAAAUCCAUCCAUCUAUUGAUUAUGCCCAUGAAUUUUGGCCCAUUCAGCUCAAAUCAACGUAGACAAACUUUGUAAAUCUACAGGUUUACAAAGUCAGUAACUGGAUCUGUGGAGUCCCUGAAGGCGCCGUUUUGAGUCCACUCUGGUUUGCAUGCUGCCAGUUUGUUUCACAGUAUAAAUGUUACUUUCGCUGCUUUGCUUUGUUUUGCAGAUUUAUUUGCCUUUUAAGGCAGAGACUGACCGAUUUCAGCUGUUGUGACAUUGCCAUAAAAAUGAAUGAAAAUGCCCUUAAAGUUAAAUGAAAGCCAAACAGAAAUGUUUAUCACUUAUUCAGUGCUUCAGCCUUUUUGUCAUACUAUUUUGGAAAAGUUUUAAUGAUCUUAUUUUGCUGCUGAAAGGCCCAGAAGAAUCAUUAAAAUGAGAUUUUUAAUCUUAAUGAGUGUUUCGCUUCCUGGCUAAACCUCUUACACAUUGAAAGAAAGACCUGCAGUUUGUUAUGUAUUCUGCUUUGUAUGAAUUCAAUUAAAGGAGGAAUAAAUUGCUGAGUGUUUUA